AUGUCGCAGCUGGUGCUGGAUGGUCCCCCCGUUGGGUUGGCGAUACGCUCAAGUGCGACGUUAUCCGACCUUCCCAAACCGAUCGACGUAAAGGUGGUGCACCUAGUACGUGACCCACGCGCCAUCUGGCUGUCCCGUAGGCGACGCUAGUGGUGUCGUGGUAAUUGUUCCAGAGCCAUAGCGCUUUGCAACGAUAUGAAGCGUGACCUGGAUGUGUUCGAGAAUAUCAGCCGGGAGUUUCCCGGCCGUGCGAUACAGGUGCGUUUCGAAGACCUUGCUCUGGAUACUGUAAACGUUACAUCGAAAAUGUACAGUGCACUUGGACUACCCUUGACAACGUCCGUGAGGCAGUUCAUCGACACCCACACAAAAGAGACAAACGUCAAAGUUCAACGUAAUCCUUACGCCACCUUCAGAAACUCCAAAGGUGUGGCCAACGCGUGGAAGCGGAAGAUAAGGCCUGAACACACUUUGCACCUCAACAGGGUCUGUGAAGACGUGAUCAGAAGGCUGGGUUACGAACUCUGAAGAUGGUUACUCAGUACCGUAGCUUAGAGCGCAAGGUGUGGUGUUCUAGGGCGCUGGUUCGGUUCUAGGCUAAUGUACAACAUCUUGAUGGGCACG